CACGUUAUAUAUUAAUGAUUUUAACGUCAGCAGCAUUAGAUUUCGACCAGAGAUCUGCUCUACUGAUCUAACAGCCUAACAGUCAGCGAGAUAGCAGGUGAAAUCGUCCUCAGAUCUUAUCUGGAAAUGUAGUACUUGAAAAAGUCAGGAAAAAUGGAGAAAAAAACAAGAAAAAAGACUGAGGUGUCUCAACUCCCAAAACUCCCGGUUAAUACACAGGAUGCAGCUCUAGAGCACGUGCACAUUAAAUCAUACUGGUCUAUAGUCUAGUGUUUGAGUCAUUUAGUUACUUUAAGUCAUGUAAUAUCUGAAAUGUAACAUACAGUUGCUACUCUGAAGCAUUUUUCUUAAUAGUUGUUUCUUUUAAUUAAAAAAAUGUAGAUUUUUUUUCGUGUUAACCCCUAAGUUAAAGUUUAGUUCCCUUAUUCAUAAACAUCUAGUGACGCCCCGGAGUUUAGUAUGUGUAAAGAAUGCGCAUGCCCAGUCUUGUCCAGCCCAGAGCGAGAGAAUAAUCUGUAAUUUUAUCCUCAGUGUGAAGCUGAGAGGACUGACUGCAGUGUUCAGACUGUUGAUACAUAGAUUACUGUUAAAAAUGGCACAUUAAGAUGUUCAUAUUCAGGAUUACUGGAGCUGUUUUCAGCCUGAUUCACUGUGUGCUGUUCACAGCUGGAGAAGAGGUGGUUAAACUGCAGGAGCUGGAGGGAAACACUGUAACCCUCCAUACUGGAUUAACUGGAGUUCAGAGUGAAGCUCAGAUACUGUGGUUCUAUAGAUCUGAGAAAUCAGAUAUAAGGAUAGUGAACAGUCUGAUCAUUAGAGGAGAGGAUAUUACAGAUUAUUAUACAGACAGAUUCAGAGACAGACUGCAGCUGAUCAGAAGCAGUGGAUCUUUAACCAUCAGAAACAUCAGCAGAGAAGAUUCUGGAGUUUAUAAAUUACAGAUCAUUACUGGACCCUCAGUCUCAGUCUGGAGAUUCAGUGUUAAAGUUUAUGCUCCAGCCCCAAAGCCGGUCAUAAGAACUCGAGCUGAAAGCCGUUCAGCUCUUCCCAGAGGCUCAUGUUCUCCUGUGUGUUUUGUGGAGAACGGGGAGGAUGUGAGUUUAUCCUGGUAUGAAGAUAAAGAGAGAAUCUCCAGUAUCAGUAGAGCAGAUUCCAGUGAUUCCAGUCUUCAUCUUCUUCUGAACAGAACCUUCCCAACAAACUACACUUACACCUGUGUAUCUGAUAAUCCCCUCAGUAAUCAGUCCACCCAACUAAACAUCGCAGAACUCUGUCCUUUUAAAGAAGGUAGGUAAUUAUAAUAAUCAUUGCUUUUUGAUUUAUUAUUCACUCUGGUGAUACUGAUGUUGAUGCACUGCUGUUUAUAUUAGUCUUAGUAAUUUAACUUCAGUAUUUCCUACUUUGCUGCAGCAUAGAUGUUUACAGGUGGUGUUUUUGUUUAUGUUCUUAUUAUUAAGAUAAAUGUCCAGAUGGUUGUGUGAGGAUACCGACUGCUGCUCUGAUCUCUGUUGGGCUUUUGGGAGCUGCUCUAAUAUUAAUAUCAUUCAUAUGGUUUUGGAAAAGGAGCAAAAAGC